AUGAAGCGGACGCAAGCAGAGGCGGACGCAGAACGAGUGACAGUCCCCAGAGACGCUGAGCAACUGGGUCAUCCGCUGGUUCCCUCCGAAUUCUGCAGUCUACCAUGUCCACAUCACUGGAUUGGCUAUGCGGGAAAGUGCUAUCACUUUUCGAAGAACAAACGGAAUUGGAACUCCAGCAGCAACUACUGCAAGUCACACAAUGCCUCCUUGGCUAGGAUUGAAAGUGAAGAGCGGGAGUUUGUGAAGCACCUCACUGGCAAACAUUACUUCUGGAUUGGUCUCAGAAGAGACCCAGGUCAACCCUGGAAAUGGCUAAAUGGAGAAAAUUCAACGCUCAGAAUCGCUGGAACAGGUGGGGAAUGUGUCCAUCUCAACAAUGAAGCCACAGCCGCCGCCUCUGGCUGCCACACAGAACUUCCUUGCAUCUGCAGCAAACCUUCUGCAUGUACAAGUUCUAAUUGUUUAUCAGCCUUGUAGCCCAAACACUGGAGGAGAGCUGGAGUGAGUGAGUAAAGUCAAGAAAAUAAGGAGCCAAGAUGACGAAUUGAUGAAC